AUGGCAGGAGUGAGCAAUAUGAAGACCCUGGAGGACCUGACGCUGGACUCGGGAUACGGCGCAGGAGACUCAUGUAAGUCCCUCAGCCUGUCCUCCUCCAAGUCCAACUCACACUCUCAAGCCCUCAUGACAGCCGCGCACCGGGGGAACUGGUGGUACUACUCUGGCUCCAUGAACAGCAGAAACAACAGCUGGGACACUGUGAACACGGUCUUACCUGAGGACCCAGAGGACAUCUUCUCCAAGUGUCCGCGGCUGCCAGAGCUUGAGGAGUUUCCCUGGACCGAGGAGGAAGUGGCAACUAUCCUGCGCAAAGUUUCUGGUAGUUUCUCCAAGGGCGGAGUGUGUGCCGUGUUCUCCUUGGAGGCAGUGAGGAAAGUGUCCACUCUCCUCCGCAGAGCUCUGGUCCGCAUCUCCAGAGAAGCGCAGCGGCUCAGCGUCAUGCACUGCCGCUGUACGCGCUUCGAGGUGCAGAGCGCCAUGCGCCUCAUCCUGAGCUGGGCCCUGGCUGACCACUGCGUGUCCGCCACCGUGAAGGCCAUCUCCAUGUACUGCAUGAGCGCAGGGGAGCUGCUGAGGAAGGGCAAGUCUGCGCGCUGCGGCCUCAGCCUCUCCGUGGGACGCUUCUUCCGCUGGAUGGUGGACACGCGCAUCUCCGUGCGCAUCCACGAGCACGCGGCUAUCUGCAUGACGGCGUGCAUCGAGGCUCUGGUGGAGGAGGCGGCGGCCCGCGUCCUGAUGGCAGAGAGGUGUCACACAGGUCCCGAAGCGUCCGCUGCGAGCCCCGUGAGCGCGGAGACCGUGGAGGGGGUCGUGAACAAUGACGCGGAGCUGUGGGGGGUCCUGCAGCAGCAUGAACACCUGAUCUGCGGCAAGAACGCCAGUGGUGUUUUAUCCCUGCCGGCACACUUCAGCCCCUACACGGAGAACCAGCAGUCGUCUCUGGACAGCAGGGAGGACGCGUAUGCCCAGCUCGAGCUCCGGACCCUGGAACAGUCCCUCUUGGCAACGUGUGUGGGCAGCAUCUCCGAACUCAGCGACUUGGUGUCCAGAGCCAUGCACCACAUGCAGAGGCUGAGCUCCGUGCGUGCAGGCCAGAGUCCAUCCCGUCAUGCCCGCCCACAGCAGCCCGUGUCCUGGUCACCGGACGCUCUCCACACCCUCUACUACUUCCUGCGCUGCCCACAAAUGGAGUCCAUGGAGAAUCCCAACUUAGAUCCUCCACGAAUGGCUCUGAGCAAAGAGAGGCCGUUUCUCUUGCUGCCGCCGCUGAUGGAGUGGAUCCGCGUGGCCAUCGUUCACGCCGAGCACCGCAGAAGUCUGCUGGUGGACAGUGAUGACGUGAGACAGACGGCCAGACUGCUGCUGCCCGGACUGGACUGCGAGCCGAGACAACUGAAGCCGGAGUGUUGUUUCAGCUCUUUUAAGCGUUUGGACUCGAAAGCGGCCACAGAUAAGUUCCAUCUGGAUUUGGGUUUCCGGAUGCUCAACUGUGGACGGACGGAUCUGAUUGGUCAAGCCAUCGGUCUGCUGGGGGCCGACGGAGUUAACAGCAUGGAUGACCAGGGGAUGACUCCACUGAUGUACGCUUGUUCUGCUGGAGAUGAAGCUCUGGUGCAGAUGUUGCUCGAUGCUGGAGCUAACCCUGACGUCCCUGUCCCUCCAUGUUCACCUAAGCACCCCUCGGUUCACCCAGACAGCCGGCAUUGGGCAGCCCUCACUUUCGCGGUCCUGCACGGCCACAUCUCAGUUGUACAGCUUUUGUUAGAUGCCGGGGCCAACGUGGAGGGAGCAGCGGUGAGGAAUGGGCAAGAGAACAUGGCAGACACCCCGCUGCAACUGGCCUCAGCAGCAGGGAACUAUGAGAUGGUGAGCUUGCUUCUUGCCCGAGGCGCUGACCCUUUGUCAAAGACUCACGAUGGAAACGCGCUGACAUCAUCGCUGUACGAGGACAUGAACUGCUUCAGUCACGCAGCGGCCCACGGACACAGGAACGUGUUGCGGAAGCUCCUGACUCAGCCGCAGCAGGUGAAAGAGGACGUCCUGUCCCUGGAGGAGAUCCUGGCAGAGGGGGUGGAGGAAGGGUGUCCGUUUCUCCCCCUGUCCCCCCUGCAGACCCCAUCCUCUGGGCCCGGCCCGCUUCCCGAGGGCGGCGUCCCAAAGCUCUGUAAGGCACGGAUGAAGGCGCUGCAAGAGGCCAGCUACUACAGCGCGGAGCAUGGAUACCUGGAUGUCACCAUGGAGCUGCGUGCUAUGGGGGUGCCAUGGAAACUGCAUGUAUGGCUGGAGUCUCUGCGUUGUGCCCAGCAGCAGUCCCGUGCAGGGGUCACUCUGUCUCUUCUCAGAGAGUUCACCACCAUCAAAGAAGAAGACUACUGUGAGGAGCUGGUCACUAAAGGCCUGCCCCUCAUGUUCAACAUUUUCCGGACGACCAAGAAUGACACUAUUAUCCAUCAGUCUGCAUCUAUCUUUAGUCACUGCUAUGGUUCGGCUCCUCUCCCAUCCAUCGCUGCCAUAAAGGCCACACUCUCUGCUCAACUAGAUCCUCUUUUUCUCAACAACCCGGACAUGUCUGAUGUGACGUUUAUUGUCGAGGGGAAACCAUUCUACGGCCACAAAGUUCUUUUAAUCACUGCCUCUGAAAGAUUCCGGUCCCUGUUGGCGUCACCGAGCUCCGAUGGAAGUCCCAGUAAGGAAAUCUAUAUCAAUGAUGUCAAGUACAACACAUUCCAGAUGUUGAUGUCAUACUUGUACUGCGGAGGAACGGACGCUCUUAAAAGUAAUGUGCCUGACUUGUUGGAGUUGCUGUCAGCUGCUUGUUUAUUCAAGUUGGGAACUCUGCAGAGACAUUGUGAAGUGAUCUGCUCUAAGCACAUCCAUCUGGACAAUGCAGUCAACAUUUACAAAACUGCCAAAGCCCACGGUUUGUCAGAGCUGCGUUCAUUCUGUGAAGGCUACUUCCUGCAACAGAUGCCGGCCAUGUUGGAGAGAGAGGGCUUCAGGAACCUACUGCUGGGCCCUCGUCAGGGGAACGGCUCCUCCCCCACUCCGGCUCACAGCCACAGAGCAGACUGCCCCCUGGAUGAAAUGGAGAGUACCCUGGCUCAGCGACUUCACCUGCUUUAUGUCACCUCCAGAGUGAGUAACAGUAGCACCAGCAACACCAUGACGCCCUGCACAGCUCUGACACUUACUUUAACACUGGGGCUGUUUCUACACGCUCACGGUGACGUCACAGAGCCGCUGGAUCUUGUUGUAAAAACAGCCCUGGGCAGUCUGAAAGGUGAUUUUGUGUCGGUGAAGGGCAAAGAGACUGGCGCACAUGCCUUUUUGGGCGUUCCAUUUGCCAAGCCGCCUUUGGGCCCGGCUCUCAGACUGGCCCCACCUCAGCCUGUGGAAUCAUGGGAAGGAGUGAGAGAUGCCACUCAACAGCCUCCAAUGUGUAUUCAAGUUAAGGCAUUGACAGAAGACUUGUACGCUAAAAUCGGAUUGAAAGUCAAAGUCCAAGACAUUUCCGAGGACUGUCUCUACCUCAACAUAUACACUCCUGCCACCAGAGCACCUGAUGCCAAAUUACCAGUCAUGUUCUGGAUCCAUGGCGGUUCGUUUGUGAUGGGUGCGGCUUCUUCAUAUGACGGUUCUGCAAUGGCUGCCUACGAAGAUGUGGUCGUGGUGCAGAUACAGUAUCGCUUAGGACUUCUGGGAUUAUUCAGCACAGGAGAAAAAGACAUGGCUGGAAAUUACGGUCUUUUGGAUCAGGUAGAGGCCCUGAAGUGGGUGCAAAAACACAUCCACAAUUUUGGAGGGAACCCAGAUCUGGUCACUAUAUACGGGGAGUCUGCCGGAGGGAUGAGCGUGUCUUUUCUGCUCCUCUCGCCCAUGACAAACGGAUUGUUCCACCAUGCAAUUGCACAAAGUGGUACCGCUGCGAUCUUUGAAUUACUGCAUGUGGAUCCCAUGACCAGUGCGCAGAUGGCAGCAAACAUGUCUGGCUGCAACAUUGAAAGUACAGAAAGUAUUAGUGACUGCAUGAGAAAUCUUGACGUCCAGAAAAUGGUGGAACUCGCAGAGAUUCAGGAAUUGAGAUUCACGAUAACAGUAGACGGACAGUUCCUGACCAAACCUGUGAACGAUCUGUACCGUAAUCACGAGGUUCAAAAGGUCCCAUUUAUGACCGGAAUAACGAGCGACGAAGGCGGCUGGUUAUUCCUCUCGGUAAGUAGUGUGGCGUGUACUUCCUGA